AUGGGUUUCGACUCCAACUACCUUAGCUCGCACCGCGGGAUCAUCAAGAUCGCCCAAAUCAUCAUCGGCAUCGUGAUUGUGUCGUUGACCUGUGGCAACGUCUUCGGACACGGCUCUUGCUUCAAGGAGGGACGUAUCUCAUAUACCUCGGGACUGAACAGCGUCACUUUGAUCAUCAACAUCGUCUUCUUGAUCUUGAACUUGCUCGAGUUGAGCCAGUUGAGCUUGGUAAGAGAAUUGAAACGUUGGAGGGGGAUAAAAAUACUUGAAAUGAGAGUAGUAAUAUAUUUUCCCUAGUUUUUGAGCAAGAAAAUGAGUUUUCAGGUUUUCGUGGUGGGACCCAAAUUUUUUAAAAAAUCGUUAAAAUUUUGAUUUUUUUUGGGGAUUUUGGAUUUCUAUUAUCAUUUUAGUGGUCUAGCAGGAAGAAUAAAAAGUUUUUUAGACUUUUUUCGCGAUUUUUUCUUGGAAAAUUCCGAAGCUUUACGAGUUUUUCUGUUUUUUUUUAUUUUUUGGUCCCACCACGAAAAAGUUGGCUAUCAAAAUAAGUUGAAAUAGGCUGCAGGAGAAAUUUUAGUAAAUCUGAAAUCUUUUUUACUUGUUUUUAGCUUUGAUAUUUAUCCAAAAAUCAGAAGUUUCUCGAUUUUUUUGGAAUUUUUGGUCCCACAGCGAAAAAUUUAAAUUCCAAAAUUUAGCCCCAAAUAAAAUUUCAGGGAAUUUGCAAAAUUUUUGACGCUUUUUUUUCCAAUUUCGAACUAAUAAUUUGGCAAAAAAAUCCAGAUUUUUCCCGAAUUUUCCCCAAAAAUUCAAUUUGAUUUUUCUAACCCAAAAAAUUGUUUUUCCAGGAGCGCAUCUACACCUUUGUGGGCACUGUCCUCUUCCUGAUCGCCGCCAUCCUGAUUGUGUGGCUGAUUGUGGUCAACGACCACCGUGGAGGCUACAUUACCAUCGCCGCUCUGGUCAUAAUCCAGUUCCUUUUGUUCCUCUGGGACUCCAAGAUCCUACAAGGAGAGGCCUCCAACUGGUAG